AUGGGAAUCCUUAACAUACAAUCCAUGGAGGUAUUCCAAAUUCCGGGUGUUACAUAUAAUGUUGUUGAUCACAUCGAUGAUACGAAGCCAACGGAGGAGACAGACGAAGGCUACACCCAAUGGAAAGAAAUCGAUACACUAGUUCUACAGUGGAUCUAUGCUACUGUUUCAGAUGAGGUUCUUGGUAGAAUCCUAGACAUCAAAACGACCGCCCGUGCGGCUUGGCUCCGGAUUCAAAAGAUUUACCACAUUAACAAAGGAUCAAGGGUGGCGGCCCUUGAAGGAGAGUUCUACAAUCUUACCCUCAAUACUUGUUCGUCUAUGGACGAUUAUUGUCAACGACAUUCUGAUCUUAUUGAACAACUCGGAGACAUUGAUAAUCCCUUAUCUGAAUCUCGGCUUAUCCUUCAACUUUUUCGAGGCCUACCCGCCGAGUUCGACACUGUCGCAUCCUUUAUCAACCAAAUCUCAGAUAUUAGUUGGGAUACCACACGCAACAUGAUUCAAUUAGAGCAACAACGUGUGGCUACACGGAAAACCCGACUCAAUCAGUUCUUGUCGCCCCUCAAGACAAUUGUUCUGAUGCUCCACCACACAACACUGGUCCUCAUUAACAACCCUAUCAUCACAAUUCUUUACGAAGACGGGGUGGCAGUUUUCGUGGUCGAGGCCGCUCCAGCAGAGGUCGUGGUCGCUGCUACUCGUAGCAACAGUGGAAUGCUGCUCAUCAACAAUGGCAAUCACAUCAGUGGGGACAACAAUCAUGGACACCAUCUCCUGCACCCUACCCGACUCAACCCACUUAUUCAACCACAUAUCACUACCCCAUUUACUCGCCUCAACAGGGAGAUACCCAACGAUCCUCCUCAUCAGCCUAAUUUGCUCACCGGUCUACUCCUACUCUUGAAGCUGUAA